AUGGAGCAUUCAGCGGCCGUUCAGCCAGUCCAGUCAAGCGGCCGACCUCAACCUGAGAUCAAACAAGAGGACAGCGCUGAAAACGUCGAGGUGGAGCUAGAUGUGAGUGGAGACACCAACGAGGAGGUGGUUGUCACUGCAAACCAGGAGCCAAGCUCAUCCUUCGGACCUCCAAGAGUGAAGAGAUUGAGGAGAUACCCAGCCAGAUAUGUCGAGAAUAAUGUGGAGUAUCAUGAAGAGCCGACAUUCGAACAUGAAAUGGAAUUGGAGCUGGAUCAGGAUGUAAGAAUGAUCAGAAGAGAGAGUCAUGCAGUCCCACACAAACCGUAAGUUUAGAAUGACUGUUGAAAUGAUUUGUAUAGCUGAGUAUUGUUGAAACAUGCUUUCAGGUAUACUCGCCAAAAGACAGAAUACGGCGAUUAUGGACUUGUUGAUUUCAAGUUUGAUUCAUCUCAACGAAAACGUCAUGUAUGUGGUUUCUUGCUUUUAUUUCUGCUUUUAGCUCUUCUAAGUUCAACGAAUUAAAUAAGUUUUCUCUUUAGGUGAUCGUGUACAACUCUCGGAAGUACCCCGGGCAUGCGUCUGAAUGGUACUUUGCGCGAAAGAAUGCGACGACCUUGAAUGAGACGUACAGAUGUGUACAAUGUCGUCGUUAUCGAGAGGAGGUCAAGAGAGGAGUCAGACAAGAUGAAUAUAACAACAAAGCGGAAGCCAGAAUCAUUGUGCAUCAAGAUCGUUUCUUGACUGAUCCGGAUGAACCUUUGGGAGAUCACAUUUGUAACUUUGAGCAUAAUGAAAGGACUUUAAUGCAUCAAGUUUGGACUAGAAGGGCGUUGAGUAAAGCGAAUUCAGAGCUGAGAAUUAGUCCGGCCAAACCUAAGUCAAAAUUCAAGGACUUGGUUGAUGAAAUCAAAAGCGGUCAAGCCUAUGGUAAGCAUUUAUUUUUCAAUUGUAGAUGGAUUUUAUGUUAUCUCAACGCAUUUUUCAAGUUGUUAUACUUGUUUUUUAUUAUAAUUUUUGUUUAGCCCACCUCCCGGAAGACGUUCGCGACAAGAUUGUCGACGAGUUGAUGAAUUCCGGGAAAGGUUUUGAUUCCCGUCGCCGUUCCUUUGCUCGAAACAACCGAUUGGCACAGGAAAGAAUGGCCAAGAAAGAAGAGUAUUAUGACGACGACCAGAUCAUGCAUUACUGUUGUGGAAUGCCCAGAUGCGAUGCCAGAUUUGAAACUGCUGAGGAGAGAGCCAAACACAGAACCUACACUCAUCCGGGAGUUUUGUUCAUUGAUAGCAAUGAAGACCUCAAGAAUUAUCAGUAAGUUUGAUUAGAGAUUAAUUAAAAUCAAAUAGACUGGGAAACAAUGUGAUCCAGGGAGAUGAGCUGAUCGUGGCGGAUGAACAAGAGAUCGCAUCUACGGACGGAAGGGUUUACAGGCACGCCAGAGGAGAACUGGAUGUAGGACAGUACGAGGUUAUCCAUGGGGAGCAAGAAGAACUGAAUGAAGAUCAGCAGAGGUACCUGGACCAAGUGGAAUUCCAUCUGAGUGUAAGUUUUAGAAUCCGUGAUUUUGUUUGAGUGAUUCUUAAUUUGGAAUUAAUUUGACAUUCCAUCAUUUAUAGGAGAUAUUGUUGUAGUUACAGAAAGUAAUCUUUUUGAUUACAGAGCAUCAAACAACAUGCGAUUGACAUCAUCAACGAACCAUCGAGACGCGAACAAGCCUUGGAGCAGCUGAAUUCCCUCCAAACAUUCUUUGAAGAUAUUGUUGUAGCCCAGUCUCAAGUCCAACAGCCUCCUCCCCCUGUAUCGUCAAACUCUACUCCAAAUGAACAGAAGCCUGCUCCAGCCACUCCUCAGUAA